AAUGGUUCAUAACUGGGUAAUUAUUAGUUUAGGGGUAAAGUGCAACAAGCCGGGAUGCAGGGUGGGGUCAUUGGAGGCAUCUGUCUCCUUGCCUUCCUGUUAUCUAAAGGCAGAGCUGAAGAAACAAAUGGUUUAAAUGACAAUAAAUUAGAAAAUCCCAGUGAUCUCAAAAAUGAAUUAGUUGUAACUGAAUCUAACUCUCAAGAUGAUGAUGAUGAUGACAGAUCGGGAGCAAUAUCGCAAAGUGCUUCUCGUAAUGUUGGAGGAUCCAGUUUGCCACAAGCAGAAGCUGGAGUCAAUAGUGAUAGUGGCUUGUACAACCCCGGAGCUAACUCGUAUCCAUACUCACCAUCCUACUCCUACAGUUCUGGAGUUAAUUUACCCCGACCACAAGCUGACACCGGAGCGGAUAAGCAAGGACCCGCUGCUGGUGGUGUGAUUAAUCAAUAUAGUCUGGGUCCGUAUGAUUAUCCAUCUGAGUCACCUUUUCGCCCAGGUUACAACAAGGCAACAUAUGAAGGUUCUUCCGGCACAUUUUCCACUCAGCAAAGUUCACCGAUCGCAUUCGAAGAUGCAAAGUCCAGAACCAUACUGCCACACGAAUAUAUAUUCCCAAAUAAAAUGCCCGGAGGUGAAAAUGUAAUUCAGUGUACAAAAGAAAAUGAGUUUCAUCAUUUUUGGUCUGAAGGCGUCGAUUGUAUGACCUGUAUUUGUGUUAACGAGUAUGGAGUCCUGACCCCUGUCUGUGCGAGUUGUGGUGGAUGCCGUAAACCUUCUCCAUAUCAUCCAGAAUAUAUCCCAGAACUACCAGUACCCAUUCCAGUCAAACCCGCGACUCCUGAGACUAUCCCAAUGAUUCCAGAACCAUAUUCACCAGAGCCAGAGAGACCUAAUCCGGAACCAAAUUUGGAAAUUCCCACUCCAGAGCCAUAUCCCAAGUAUCCAGCCCCUAUUCCAGGCCCUUCACCUCUCCCAGACAGUUUUCCAGAGCCGAUCCCAACACUGCCACCGCAACCGGCUGAAGCAUCAUGUAGUCCUCUACCCAAUGGUCAACCGUUUACAAACCCACUGCACCCGUGUCAGAUAUGCACAUGCAAAGAAUCUGACGUGUCUGGAAAUGUUGACGUCCAGAUCGAAUGCAAAGAGAAUCCUCAAUGCAUAUCACCUGUCGACUUGACUACAUUACCGCCACUGCCAGAGGUCCCAGUACCGAUACCACUGCCAAUUUGUGAGAAGUUCCCUGAACACGUGCUGUUCCCUCACCCAACCGACAACUGCAAGCUGUGCAAGUGCUCCAAGAGAGACACAGAUAACGGCAGUUCUGAGCAAGUACUUACUUGCUACCCUCAUCCUGAUUGCAUACCUAAACCGGAACCAGCCACGGAGGCAGUCCCUUCUCUUCCUAUGCCAUUAGAUCCUCAACGAGUAAAACCAGCUCCUGAACCAGAACUGAUACCAUCAGAGCCUUUAAAAGGGCAGUUGGAGCCAAUAGAACCUGUUCCAUUACCAGAGAUUGUUACGAUAGAACCUUUACCGUGGCCUCCUAUAACGACAGUGUCGCCAGGACCCCCACUGCCGAUGCUGGCUCCACCACCUGGCCCGCUUCCAGGUCCAUCGCCACACGAAUCCUGCCGGCCAUAUCCCCCGAACCAAACGUUCCAGCACCCUUGGGAUGAAUGCCAGAUCUGUUUGUGCACGGAAGCCACCGCGGUCGGCAUGGUCACCGUCGAAGUCAACUGCUACACCAAACCAGCAUGCUGCAUAGAACCACCGGAACCAGUGAAAUCUGCAAUUUCAGGCUACUCCAGGCAGUAUGCAGCAGUUGCCCCUGAUGCACAAAGUUUAUCAGCUGCUACCAGCACUUUUAGACCACCAUCGAUAUAUCCAUCUUAUACUCCAAGAACCGUUAAUUACCCUGGAACCAACCAAGUCAGUGCGGCCGACGGUCUGAAGCAGGGAUACUCUAUCCAGACGUAUCCUAUGCUACAGACAGAUACAGGCUACGUCGAACCACCACCUCACUAUCCAUAUCAACGAAACUACCAGCCUCCAUUCGUAAACCAAGAAUAUCCUGAGUAUCCUCCAAGAAUAAAAGUACCACCUGCGUCGUAUAAACCCAAUCAAUUCGCCUAUCCACCAAACUACCAAUAUGCACCAGGGGAUGCAAUGGAAAAUAAUUACGCAGGGCCUCAAGGGCAUUACCAACCAUAUGAUCCGAGAUUCCAGACAGUACCCAGCGCAUAUCCAGCUCCUACUAUGUACCAGAGGCCUAACUAUGACAGACCUCCAGUGUAUCCACCUGCACCAAGCAGAGAUGUAUAUGGAAAACCUAACCAGAAGCAGAUUGGAGCAAACGUUCAAAAUGUACAAUCAAAUUAUUUAGGCAAUGCAGUGAGAACGAUAUCUGAUGACGAUGAACCAGAUGACUCGUAGAAUACCCACAUAUUUUUCUACAUUUAAUGUGAUAUUAUUUAGUUAAGGAAGACGACACGGCUCGACAAUGGCUUCACGAGUAGUUUCUUAAGUGUGCACAGCAAAAGAUGUUUUAAAUCAUAUUUAUUAAAUGG